AUGGAAUAAAUAAAACUGCAAAUUAAAGCCACAGAUAUGGAUGAAGAUUUUAUCAAAAAAGUUACUGAAAUCACAUAAUCAGCAAUGCAGUAAUUUAAAACAGAAAAAUAAAUUGCUCAUCAUAUAAAGUAUGAAUUCGAUAAAUUUGAUUAAUUUGGUUGGAAUUGCAUUGUUGGAAGAAAUUUUGGAAGUCAUGUAAUCCAUUAAACAAAAAAAUACAUCUUUUAUUAACAUAAAGAAUUAUAUUUCCUACUUUGGAAAGCUUGA